AUGCAGGACUUCACCUGGCACCGCGGUGCUUCCAUUACACAAAGGCAACGUCUCUCGCCAGCUAUCCACUUCAUCCCGGACAACCCGGGGGCCAGUGAUUGCGUCCAAGUGUCUCUGGCGGCCUCGGAACUUACCUCGGUUGAUUACCGCGCUAGUGCCAUAGCUUCCACCAGCGCGGUUGGCCCCGCGGAAGCGAACCUUGAGGUUAGUCUUGUAUCCUCGAAUCGUAAAUCAUUAUUGGAACUGUGGAGCACCGAGGUUCCUCCAGGCUGUGGCGACCCCAUACGGAGAAGGUUCUGA